ACGGAAACACAAGACAUGCAAGAGCGGUUCCGGUCCUGGCGUGGGCUGGAGGCGGCGGAAUGGAGACCCAGACUGGGGACGCGGGAUUGACCCGCCGCCCGACGCUGGCCUCUUCGUGGGAUGCAGCGAACGGGGCGCUGACCCAGAGCCUCCUUCUCACCCAGACUGGGCCCGGCGCCCAGAAUUUCGAGUGGGAGGAGCUUCUGGCGCCGCCUGCCCCAGGCCAGGAUCUGGUGAGUUUGAAGAGCAGCCCAAGACCCCGAGGAGGAAACCCCUGUUUCCUCUACCUGAGAUGUGACCCUAAGGGAGAAGAAGAAAUCGAUUCUGUUGGCCUUUUAAGUUCAGCAAGAAAUAUGGAAGUAUAUGUAGGAGAGGAAUACUGUGGAACCAGUAGGGGCAGUAGCGUUUGCACCAUUCUGGAUGGCAGUGAACAUGAUAAAAUCAUUUUGUACAAAAAAUACCUAAAAUUGGAAACUUCAACACAUGCAUGUAAAAUAAAGUUGCUGUCCUUUGGUGAAAAGCAGUGUGUGUUCAUCGGUAAAGUUGUGGUGCAUAUGAGACCAAUUUCAGCAAAUUCUUCACCAGGCUGUCCUGCUCUAGGAUCAAGGAUAGACCUUGACAAAGUCCAAACCAUGAUGGAGUCCAUGGGGUCAAAGUUAUCACCUGGAGCUCAGCAGUUAAUGAAUAUGGUUAGAUUUCAGCAACAGAAUUGUAUUUCCAUUGGAGAACAGCUUCAGUCAGUUUUGGGAACCACUGGAUUCACGCGCAUGAUUACACUACAGUCAUCUACUUCAGGAGCCUUAGACAAGUUGUCCUCCACACCUUUUCCUUUUAGAACUGGAUUGACAUCUUCAAAGAUGACUGAAAAUUUAAAGGCUUUCAUUGAUAAAAGCACACAGCCACUUGAUGAAGAAAAUACUACAAACCAUGAGUGUAAAAUUGUGCCACAAAACCAUUGCCUUCUUGAGAAUGAUCUUAAAAAUGCAGUGUCUUCUUUCUUACCAAAGAAAGCAAGUGACAACUCAAAUAUGUCCAACUCUGAGCUGCUGCCCUUUCUCCAGAAUUUAUGCAGUCAAGUUAAUCAUCUCCGAGUAGGACAUACUGCCAAGUCGCAGGAACAUACCUCCAAGCCUCGUGAAGGGAUUGUUGGUGUUACGAUGGAAGAACAGCCCAUUUGUUCCUACUUGGAAAAGAUUCUUUCUAAAAAUAUGGAACUGAUGGAAAAGAAACUUAUGGACUACAUUGACCAGCGAAUAUAUAAACUCCAGGAGCACAUAGAUGAUAAAAUUGCUUUGUUAAUGGAUUUGUUACAAAAUCCUAACUUUCCACUUGCUGGGAUGCCUCUAACACAUUAUGACUCUGGAGAAAGACUUUCAAAUGGAGAAAGAUAAGCUUCUCAAUAUAUACAUUGUACUGCAGAUAUUUAUUACCUAUUUAUUACAAAGCCAAAACCCCAAAAUGUUUAUGAAUAGCAAGUAUUUAACGUUCUUUAAAGAUCAUUGUCUUACAUAAAGUGACCUCAAUGUUCAUUUUGACUGCCCUUGUUAUUGUAAAUCCAGUACUGUACACUGAAUUAACAUAAUACAGUCAGGUUAUUUUUGUUUGCAAUAUUUUUCACUCUUACAGUAAUUUAUCUAUACAUGUGUUGCUUAAAUGUUUAAGGAUUUCUAAUGCAGUUCAUUAGUUUGUAUUUUAUAUUAUGUAUGUGUUUGAUGCAAGUGAGUUUUUUAUUUAUAUAAAAAUUUUAUAGUCUUAAGAGUAUGAAAAAAUUACUUGAUAAGAGUAUUUCAUUUUUUCCUUUUUCUAAUUCUUGAAAAUAUUUGGAACCUUUAAGAUCACAAAUUUGCAUUUUGUAUUGCUUAUCUGAGGUAAUGAAUAAAAUGCAAUAUUUGGUUUGUGUAAAAUUAA